UUAAAAAUCGCAAAUAUUUAUUUUAUAUAUAUAUAUAUAUAUUCAUAAAUUUUCCAGAAUCAUCCAUCAACAGACAUCUCAUCAAUAUUUUCAUAUGCAUUUUCGUCCAACAUCGAUAGUGCCUCGAAUCUAUUACUAUUUAUCUUUAUUAGGUCUCACAAACUUAUCACCUUUUUCCUGCUCUUACUCUUUAGAACUCAAGGACACAAUUGUUCCAACCUAUAGAAUAGAUGAUCAAGUAUCGUCGUAUUUUCCUACACUUACUCGAGACAAGCUCAUGUCAUAAUUGGAUCUCUUCUGCUCCUUAAGAUAAGCUCAUGAUUUCUCAUUGAGCUUCUUAAACUCAUCAUCUCUUCUGCUCUUGAAACAUUCUCAUGUACUCAUCUCAAGAUUCUUGAUUUACCAUUUAUUGACUUCAAAGCUCGAACUUGAGUAACCUUGAACCAUUCAUAUGCCACAAUCUUUUAAACCACAGACAGUUUUCCAGAACAUGAUGAGAAGAGAUGCAAUGUAAUACAAGCAGGCGCUUUCAUGCCUACUACUCAAAGCAAUUUCCACACCAAUUAUACACAAGACCCCACCUACCACAUAACCAACCAUGUAACAUUCUAGAUUCCCAUCUCUACCAAAAAAAGAUUUACCUAACUUCUUUAGUUUCUUCACUGUAUUCCCUUCCGAAAAUCAGCCCCCUAUAAACAAACACCUCUUGCAGCAUAACUAACACCAUCCAGAAUUCUCAUGGCAGCAACUACAGGUCUUGUGUUUGCUAUGCUUUUCAUUGCUUUUGAUAUGCUGCUCCUUAUGGAAUCAGGCCAAAUGGUUAUCACGACUCAGGUGGAUAACCCUCUUCCUCACGAGAUAGAUUGUGAGAAAGCUUGUGAUGCAAGGUGCCGAUUAUCGUCGAGGCAGAAGAUCUGCAAGAGGGCAUGUGGAACCUGUUGUGCUCGCUGUCAAUGCGUCCCACCGGGCACUUCAGGCAACUACGAUGUUUGUCCCUGCUAUGCUAAUAUGACCACACAUGGAGGCAGGCACAAGUGUCCCUAGACAUUCUUGCUGGUUCUAUGAUUGAUGAUGUAAGGUCUCAGAAUCACAGAUAUCCAAAAUAAAGAUGUUAAAAUCAAUAGUCUUUUCUCUGAAUGUAACAAAUCAAUGAGACAACUUUGAUUCUAGAAGUAUAUCAACAAGAAUGAAUUCUGUAGAUUUCACUAUUUAUAGAAGGUUGAUGUUCUGAAAUGUUCAAAAACUAUGCAAGAGAGAUGCAGGGGACUCAAAUUCUAUUCACCUUUUUCUUUGUUCUAUUUGUCACAACAAGACCACACGGACAAAUAUACUGUGGGGGAAACAAAGCGAAAUCAGUAACACAAUAAAUUCUGUCAUGAAAAACAAAUUGCAAUCUUAGAU